AAUACUGUGUAAAAUUUUCCAAAUUUCAUAUCUGUUCUGUUCGAAUGGCAGGAGAAGUGUAUCUGGUUCCGGCGGCGGAGACGCAAGUGGCUUCGGUGAAGAAGAAAAUGGCGGUCACAACUAGCUGGGUUUCGAUAGAUGCAAAGGGUGAAGCCGCGGUUCUUGACGUCGACAAGUAUGCUAUAAUGCGCCGUGUUCAGGUUCAUGCUAGAGAUCUUCGUAUUCUUGAUCCAAUGUUAUCCUAUCCUUCCACUAUUCUGGGCAGAGAAAAGGUCAUUGUUCUCAAUUUAGAGCACAUUAAAGCUAUAAUAACAGCAGACGAGGUAUUGCUUAGAGAUCCAUUUGAUGAUAAUGUAAUACCUAUUGUUGCCGAACUUAAAAGGCGAUUGCCUCAAGAAAAUCUCACAUGUCGAGGUCAAGGGGAAGAAGAAGAAGAACACCCUGGUUUGCGCAGCGGUACAAACACUGGAGAAGAAAAUGAAUUUCCAUUUGAAUUCCGGGCAUUAGAAGUAGCACUAGAAGCAAUUUGUAGUUUUCUUGAUGCGCGCACUAGGGAACUGGAGACUGAGACUUACCCAGCUUUAGAUGAGCUGACCUCCAUGAUUAGCAGUCGUAACUUGGACCAUGUGCGUAAACUGAAAAGUGCUAUGACAAGGCUAACAAAUCGGGUCCAAAAGGUCAGGGAUGAACUUGAACAACUUUUAGAUGAUGAUGAUGAUAUGGCAGACCUUUAUUUAUCGAGAAAGUUGGCAGGGGCAUGUUCUCCUGUAAGUGGUUCUGGUGCUCCAUAUUGGUAUCCAUCCUCACCAACUAUAGGUUCAAAGAUAUCAAGAACAAGUCGGGGAAGUGCGGUGACCAUUCAGGAGGACAACGAUGUCGAGGAGCUUGAAAUGUUGCUUGAGGCUUACUUUACACAGAUUGAUAGUACAUUGAACAAAUUGAUCACGCUGCGUGAAUACAUUGACGACACAGAAGACUAUAUCAAUAUCCAGCUAGACAGCCAUCGAAAUCAGCUUAUUCAGCUAGAGCUCUUCUUAAGUUCUGGGACUGUCUGUUUGUCUAUAUAUUCUUUGGUUGCUGCAAUCUUUGGAAUGAAUAUUCCUUAUACAUGGAAGGAGGGCCAUGGAUACAUGUUUAAAUGGGUGGUCAUCCUCACUGGACUAUUAUGCACUUCGACUUUCACAUUGAUAAUGUCCUACGCAAGACACAAGGGUCUUAAUGGGUCUUGAAGUAGCAUAUAAUAAGUUUGAGCCACUCGAACGGGAUAAAGCUAGGACCAUGUUCGCAGAUGCAUCAGAAGAUCAAGUAAAACUGAAAUGAAUUCCUUACCGUAUAUAUUUUAGAUCAUGACAUUAUCAGGUGAACCACUGAAUGCUAUAAAAUUAUCAAUUUAUCAUGCUUUGUGGACAGUAUGGUCCGUGGGAGGGUAUAGUUGUUCCUCCUAUUGGUCAUUGCAUUUAACAGAUAAGCUUAUGAAGUAUCACUAUGUUGCCAUAUA